UCUCACCCGAAUGGUUAGCGCCGACCACCGCGGCCAUCAGUUUCUGGUGUCCUGUAAAGCGUGUGUCCCAAGGAACCUUCUCGUUUGCCCAAUUAAGUAGGAAAAUGGCGAAUUUGUGCAUACGGAGCCUGUCACUCGGAGCAUUGCGCAACGUUGUAAGAUUAUCACCACGGCAGUUAUGCACAGCCACCCAGCAGAAGAAUGGACACGGUUCAGAGGAGGCGUCUGCUGAACAGGGGACGGCAGAGAAAUUCCAGGCCGAGAAGACGCAGCUGGAGGAGCAGCUCAAGGAGAUGACUGACAAAUACAAGCGAGCCUUGGCGGACACGGAGAACCUACGUACAAGAAGUCAGAGGAUGAUUCAGGAAGCUAAAUUAUACGGUAUCCAAGGCUUCUGCGAGGACCUGCUAGAGGUGGCCGACAUUUUGGAAAAGGCCAAGGAAAGCGUGCCCGAGGGGGAAGUGACGAGCCAGAACCCUCACUUGAAGAACCUCUACGACGGACUGGUGAUGACGGAGGUCCAGAUCCAGAAGGUGUUCGCCAAACAUAGCCUGGUCAAGCUCAACCCGUACGGCCUCAAGUUUGACCCGUACGAGCACGAGGCACUCUUCCACGCCCCCGCUGAGGGGAAGGAGCCCGGCACCGUCACCGCUGUAACCAAAGUGGGCUACAAGCUUCACGGGCGCACCCUUAGGCCGGCGUUGGUCGGCGUGGCCAAAGCCUCCUAAGAAAGCAGAGGACCACGUGGACAUUUGGCGUGCUCGCCCUCACUGGACUGAACGUCACAAUAAACUGACCCCCGACUUUGCCCCUCAGUCCCUUCUUGGAAUUUAUUCAUGCGUUGGCAGGACCAAUUAGAACGCAGGUGUCACCAGCCACAAAAAUAUAAAUAAAAUCAUAAUAAAAGGUACCUCACUGAGUGGCGAAUGCUUGCGAGUAUUUGCAAAACAUGGUGACUGCUUUUUUUCAUCAGGGUUUGUUGAAGGUUACAUUAAGUGGCAAAGACAUUUGCAAACAGUUUUACUUGUCACAAAGGGGUUUUCCUUUCACCAUUUUACAAAUUUAUUGGCGAUAAUAAAAAACUAUAACCCUUACCACCUGAAGUGAAAAUGAAAGCACAAUUGCGAGGUGUGUAUUUUUUUGAGCAACUUUGCCUUCGAGAUGCCCCUGCUAGCUUAAUGCUAACAAAUGGAAAAUCCAUCCGUGUGCUUACAAUUAGCAUCGAUGACUCUUAAUGCAACAGAUAUAAGACAAAUGGUGAAAAACACAUGUGGACGGACAUCACAACACUCAACACACGUACAUUCUUUACCCCCCCC